AUGUCUGACAAGACGCCGAGCAGAGGCCAAGCCGGUGCCACCACCACAGGCGCAAACGCCGCUGCAAACGCCGCAGCUUCUACCAAGGUGCAGCAAGUAGACAGCAAAACCUACAUUGUCGACUUGGCUUCAGCCUUUAACAUUGGCACAGUGCCCAACGGCGGCUACGUCGCCGGACACUUUCUCGCCGUCGGGCUCGCCCACGUCGCCAAACAAUACGGGCAUAGCCACGUCAUCUCUGCACACUGGGAUUUCCUGAGUCGUUCAGAGCCCGGUCGUGGGACCAUGAUUGUUGACGAGAUCAAGAUUGCGCGCAACAUGUCGGUGCUGUACAUUUCGCUCUACCAGGACGGCCAACUGACCGAAGCGCCCUGGAUCUCCGCCGGCGCCCGGCGCGUCAUUACCGCCUCUGUGACCUGCCGAGACAUGGCCGCCGAGACGGGCCAGUCAUUAAUCGGCGGCGCAAGCAGCGGCAGCGGCCCGUACGCCCCCGUGCCGCCGGUGGAUCUUGAGCUUUUGCCGCGCGGCCAGGAUCCUCACUGGCAGCUAUUCAAAGCUCCCAGCACGUUUCGCCCAAACCAGCACUGGAACAUGUACGAGCAGAGGAUCGAUUCAGCUUCCUCGGCGGAGGGGGUGCUCGACAUGUGGGUGGAGUACCGGUCCGGGGAGCCCAUCGUGAACCUCGACCUCGCGUACCUGGCCGACGUGACGCCUGCGAUUUGCACGUACGCCCUGCAGCGCGCGCCAGCCAACGCUUCGCAGCUGUUGCCGGCCUCUGUGUCUUGGUACCCGACGCUCAACAUCCACAUGGACUUUAAGAAGAGCUUGCCGGCCGAGGGGACCCGAUGGCUCCGCGUGCGGACGUCGAUUGCAGAGACGAGGAAUGGCCGCUACGGCUGCGACGUGGACAUUUUCGACGCCGAGGGCGGCAUGGUGGCCCAGGCUCGUCAUGUGGCCAUGAUUGUGGACAUGUCACGUAAUACGGCGAGCCGAAAGACGUCGAAUUUGUAA